AAGAAAAUCAUUAAAUACAAAACAAGAGUACAUUUGAAAAUGAGUCACAUGGGUGCCGUGAAAAGAAUGAGAUUAACUCAAUAACUGUAACCCGAAGGUCUUCUUUUCCAAUCCAUGUGACUUUACAGAGAUGGUAACAAUAAAAUGGUGAGGUAUAACAAUUUGAAGACAUUACAAGAUGUUUAUUGAAGCGUGUAAGCUUGUUUUCCAGGGCCUUUGUCUAUUCACAACUCAAUCACCUCAGUCUACAAUGUACAUGUAGACAUACCAGUGGCAUACAUGUUCAAUUGUAACUUUUUACAGUGCUUCACUUUUGCAACAUGUUAUUCCACACUUGGCAUCAGCAGUAAGCUUUCCCAAAAGUUUUGGUAUAAUUCUUGACAUGUAUGGGUCGAUUGCCCAUAGGGUCAACAAGCAUGUGUAUGUAUUUGAUACACAUGUAUGUGCCCCUUACCAUGUUGGAUCAGAAGAAGACUCUGUAGAGGACCUGCCUCUGGUCAUGGGGGAGGAGAUCUUCGAUAACGAGCAUGAGUCGUUGACUCGACGAGGCACCCACAGGCAAGACCCCAUCACACGUUGCCUGUGUAGCAUCAACGAUGCCUGUUCAAGGUGCUUUUCCUCAUUCAAAUUGAGAUGUAAACCUGAGAAGGAGCUGUUCCCACGUACAGUAUGGCUUGGCAAGGCAGGCCCACAGCAAGAGAAGUAUCCACCCAACAAGAUCUGCAAUCAGAAAUAUAACAUCUUCACAUUCAUUCCUCUGGCCCUGUACUACCAGUUCAAGCUGUUUCUCAAUCUCUACUUCUUACUGAUGGCUUUAUCCCAGCUAAUACCAUCACUCAGGAUAGGAUAUCUCUACACCUAUUGGGCACCAUUGGCGUUUGUCAUCUUUGUGACGAUGUGUCGGGAGGCUCUUGACGACUUCAGGCGAUACAGAAGAGAUCGGGAGGUGAACAUGUCUCAGUAUUACAAGCUAACCCGCACAGGACUAGUCAAGGUGCCCAGCUCAGAGCUACAAGUCUCAGAUCUCAUAGUGGUAGAAAAGAACCAAAGAGUUCCAGCUGAUCUUGUAUUACUAAGAACAACAGAGAGAAAUGGGGCAUGUUUUAUACGCACAGACCAGCUAGAUGGUGAAACAGACUGGAAGCUAAGACUAGCAGUACCCAGCUGUCAAAGGUUAAACAAGGAUGAGGAUUUACUGGGCUAUAAUGGCAAUGUAUAUGCAGAGAAGCCUCAGAAAGACAUCCACAGCUUCGUAGGAACGUUCACGGUGCUAGAAGAGGGUGUAUCAACACAGGAUGCACUGGGCAUUGAGAAUACAUUGUGGGCUAACACCGUAAUAGCAUCUGGUCAAGCUUUGGGUGUGGUCAUCUACACUGGUCCUGAGACGAGAGCCGUGAUGAACACGUCCAGUCCAAGGCUCAAGUUUGGCAUCACUGACCUGGAGGUCAACAAUCAGACCAAAGUGCUCUUUCUCCUGACCUUAGCACUGGCUGUCACCAUGAUCAUCAUGAAGGGAUUCCAGGGCCCAUGGUUCAGAUACUUUGUUAGAUAUGUGCUUUUAUUUUCUUCCAUUAUUCCACUCAGUUUACGAGUGAAUCUUGACAUGGCCAAGAUUGUCUACUCCUUUGUCAUCAUGCGAGAUUCAGAGAUCCCUGGUACGGUGGUCAGGUCUACCACCAUCCCGGAGGAGCUGGGGCGCAUCACGUAUCUACUAUCGGAUAAAACCGGGACACUUACACAGAAUGAGAUGGUCUUCAAGAAAUUACAUCUGGGCACAGUUGCCUUCGGCAGCGACAGCCUGGACGACGUCAAGACGCACCUCCUCUCAGCCUACUCCCAGAGCAACCAUGCAGGGACGGCAAAGACCACACCUGCACGCAAAUCGGCCGUGAGACGGACCGUUGUCACCAGGGUAUUUGAGUCGGUUAGAGCGCUGGCAUUGUGUCACAACGUAACGCCAGUCCAAGACGAGGAUGCAGAGGGUUUAGUGAUCAAUGACGGAGACCAAGACCAAGAGGCUAGCAUUGUGUAUCAAGCCUCGAGUCCUGAUGAGGUUGCCCUGGUAACCUGGACAGAAACCGUCAACCUUACCCUAGUCAAGCGAGACCUGAACUCCAUGCUCCUGCGAAACCCUACAGGAGAAGAGGAUGAGUACACCAUCCUCCAAAUCUUCCCUUUCACAUCAGAGACAAAGAGAAUGGGGAUCAUCGUCAAGGAGGAGAAAUCUGGCCAGAUCAUUUUCUUCAUGAAAGGGGCCGAUACAGUGAUGAGCUCCAUUGUACAGUACAACGACUGGCUUGACGAAGAGAGUGACAACAUGGCAAGGGAAGGGUUAAGAACUCUAGUUGUCGGCAAGAGGAUACUUACAGAAGAACAGUAUGCAGACUUUGAGAAUCGUUACACCCAGGCCAAGCUCAGUGUAACAGAGAGGGCAUCCAAGGUAGCGGCGGUGGUAGAGAGCAUCGAGAGGGACCUGGAGCUCCUGUGUCUGACUGGGGUGGAGGAUAAACUACAGCAAGAUGUCAGGCCGACCCUGGAGAUGCUCAGGAACGCUGGCAUCAAGAUUUGGAUGUUAACCGGGGACAAGCUGGAGACGGCAUGCUGCAUCGCCAAGAGCGCCAAGCUGGUGUCGACGAGACAGGCCCUCUUUGUCUUCAAGAAAGUCAGCAACCGUUCGGAAGCCCAUUCAGAAUUGAACUCGUUCAGGAGAAAGAGUGACUGUGCCCUCGUCAUCAUGGGGGAGUCAUUAGAUGUCUGUCUCAAGUUCUAUGAGCAUGAAUUCAUCGAGCUAGCUUGCCAGUGCCCAGCAGUGGUGGUGUGUAGAUGCUCACCGACCCAGAAAGCUGACAUAGUGAACCUUCUCAAAACACAUACAGGGAAGAGGACAUGUGCAAUAGGGGAUGGAGGAAAUGAUGUAAGCAUGAUUCAAGCAGCCAAUGCCGGGGUCGGUUUAAUUGGAAAGGAGGGAAAGCAAGCCUCGCUGGCUGCCGACUUCUCUCUCACCCAUUUCCGCUACCUGGGGCGUCUCCUCAUGGUCCACGGUCGCAACAACUACAAGAGCUCUGCCUCGCUGAGUCACUUUGUGAUGCAUCGUGGGUUGAUCAUCUCCACCAUGCAGGUCAUCUUCUCCUCUCUCUUCUACUUCUCCUCCAUAGCUCUGUAUCAGGGCGUGCUCUCUGUAGGGUAUGUGACGGUGUACACAAUGUUCCCUGUUUUCCUGUUAGUGAUAGAUAAAGACGUAACACCCGAGACAGCCAUCAAAUACCCUGAGCUAUAUAAAGACUUACAAAAGGGUCGGAUGCUGUCCUGGAAAAUGUUCUUCGUCUGGAUCCUGAUCAGCGUGUACCAGGGUGGGAUCAUCAUGUAUGGCGCCCUCUGGCUGUUCGAAGGAGAGUUCCUUCACAUCAUCUCCAUCACGUUCACCGCCCUCAUCAUCACCGAGCUGCUCAUGGUGGCCUUGACCAUCCGGACGUGGCAGUGGCCGAUGGUCAUCGCGGAGCUCAUGAGCGUCGUCAUCUACAUAGCUUCCAUGUUCAUCUUUACCGGAUACUUUGAUCGUGAUUUUAUCACCACCUUCACGUUCUGGUGGAAAGUUCUGGUCAUCACCCUCGUCAGCAACGUGCCUCUCUACAUCCUCAAGUUCCUGCGACGGCGGUUCAGCCCUCCGAGCUACUCUAAGCUAUCAGAAUAGGUACUCAUUUACUAACACUAAACCUCAUGAGUGGGACUAUAUGACCUCUCUAUAUCCUUGAGCUACCACGGUGGCGCUUCAGCUCUCCCAGCUACUCCAAGCUAUUGGAAUAGGUACCCAUUUACCAACACCAAACAUCAAGGAUGGGACUACAUUGCUUUAAAAAUUGGUGACCGAAACAUUUACCUGAAUUGCGACUUGCCUGGCACCAAAGUCUUUGUGUAGAUCUUUUUCAAAUGAUUAGAUGUAUACACAAGCAGUUAAGCCUGCUGAUGAUACUUUAUGUCUAUGUUUUUGUAUGUACAAUUUUGAGCGAACCUUCCAGCUAUUUUUUCCUUUUUUCAUCUGGGAGGUGCAAUAUAUUUGACAUCUUCUUUUGAUUAUAUGUGCAUGUGCAUUUAAUGCAGUUUUAAUGUGUCCCUUUCUCCCUUCGUAAAAAAAAAUGUCUUUCAACUUAGAUGCUGCUUAAAAGUAUCGGCUUGCAUGGUGAUGUAGAUAUCAGUAGGUUUUUGGUUGCACCAUGUGAGAGGGAGGGGGAAGGAUUUCCCACUCCAGAUGACGGAUUCAAAACGUUGAGCCAACCUCUCCGACCGGCGCUAUAGUUCUCCUUAGAACUUUAAGCUCAAGAAAGAUUACCAACAGUUCUUUUCAGGACUACACAAACAGUCCUUUUCAGGACUCCCCAAUCCUCCCCCUCUCUCUCACAUGGUGCAACCUUAAUCCUACUGUAUGUCUUUCAACUUUUUUCACUGUCCAGAAAGCUAGGUGAAUCUGCAGAUUUUCCUCCCUCCCCCUCCCAAACUGCUCCUGAGUUUUUCCCUUUUUUGUAAAUUAGUAAUUAUAUUAGUAUUCAUAACAGUGCAAUCUUCUAUUCAUGUUCAUACAUGUUUAUGGAUUGCAAUUUUUGCGAUUUAUGAAAAAGAUAUAUAUUUUGAUUGAUGAUAUUAUACAAGGUAAAUCAAGGGAAUAUAAAUUCUUGUUGUUUGAUAUGACUUUAAAUGCCUUUACCAAACCAAAGCAUGUGAUAUAUUGAUGUCAUUUCUGAUUGAAUGAAACCUUUGAACCAAACUUAGACCUAAAUGUAGGCCAAAACUUUAUGCUAUAUAAAAGCAGAUGUGCAGGAAAAACUGUGGACCAAAAUUUCAACUAACACAUUUCUAGAUACAUGCCGUACAAUUGAAUGAAGUAAAAUAGUGUAUGCACAGGUACUAUACAGUCAAACAUGCUGUAGCAACCACCUGUAUAGAAAGACCACCCAUCCAUAAAGACCACAUUCCCCCCCCCCCCCCCUAUCGAAACAGUGUUUAGCAUCAAGAGAUGUGAGAAGUGAAACCUGUAUAUAAAGACAACUUUUUUGUGUCUCCUUUGAGCGGCCUUUCUGUUCAGGUUUGAAUUUGAUUUGAAAUGAAAAUUGUAGAUAUCGGCAGGAUGAGCUACUUAACUAUCAAAUUGUUGCGGUGUAGUGGUUUAUUUUCUGUACUCUCAAGCCAAAGGUUCAGGGUAUGAAUCCCAGCCAGGCACUAACGUCCUUCGGUGAGGCAUUAAUCCACAUUUGCCGCUCUCCACCCAGGUGUAAAUGAGACCCUGGCAACCACUGGUGUAAUGAUAAUUGCAGGGUACUCAAGAAGAACAGUGCUGAUGCUGAAGUUAACAAAAUUGUUAUUAGUAGUAGUAGAGGUAUAGUUGGGAUUGUUAAUAUGGAAUUCAAGUUAAACAGCAGUGAGGCUUGUAGUGAUGGUUAAAUUCAAAGGAGUAUCAGGAGAUAGGCCACAUAGCACUUUGAAGAUUGCAAGUAGAAGAGGUUGGUGGAUGAGGAUACAUGUAGGUUCCACCUUUGGAAGAUGGAUAGAGUAUGGUGGUGGUUUUAUCAAUAUAAAUGCCAUUAAACGUUUUGUAAUGUAGAUUUUUUUUUGAUAAUGAAUUUCUAUCAAAGCAUCUCAAUAACAUAAGGUCACUAAUAAUAAAUGAGAUAUUGUAAUGGAUUUACAUCAAAUUAAUCCAGAAUUUGGAUCGAGCAAUCUGAAGUUGUGUAAUUUACAGUUAUAAAUGCAAAAAUGUGAAGAAAAAUAUGAAGAAGAGAGAGAAUUGAUGUAUGUGAUGGCGAUAUUUGAAUAUUCAUGCCAGUGGAAUGAUCUUCGUCUUUACAUGUGUAUCAAUGAUUUGUUUGUGGGAUUUUGAUAUUUUGUGUCUAUUUAUUGAAUGUCCCACAUAUGUGUUUUCAUGUUUGUACAUUCAUUUACCUUACUGUCAGGUAUAUAUAUAUAUUACAUGUACAUGGAGGAUUUAUAGAAAUUGAGAGGAUGGGAAUGUGCACUUGUUUGAGGGACCACCCAAGAAGUUUUAAAUUGAAUAGAAAUAGAAUUAUAAGGGAGGGGGGAUACUGUUUUUCCUUUUCGAUGAAAUAAAUUCACAUCAAGGCCGCUAAAAGUGCACUGACUAAGUAAUCUCACAGAUCGGUAGAACUUGACCUUCCAA